AUCAAGGUUUUUAGUUUGAUAAUGUUUUAGAUUGAAAAUCGUGAUAUUACCAGGGUUUUGAGUCGGCUUGUGUUUCCAGAGAGGUAUAAAAAGCGCUAGCCAUAUCUACCCAGUAGACACAGGAGUCCUUCUUAGCUCAUCAUUCAGAGAUUCACGAUGGUAUUUCUGCAAGCAGUGCUGGUAUUCACUGUUACAUCGGUUAUUUGUCAACAGACCUCUGGAAAUUUGUUUACUUCUAAAGAUGUAAUAGAACUGACUGAAAAGGAGUUGGAAUCAUUGUAUAAAUUAGAAACACUGUUAGGAGAGAAAGAAAGAAUCAACAAAGAGAGGAAGAAAAAAGCUAAGAGACUGGUGUUGUUAGCAAUCGAAGAAGGACUAGAGAAAUCUGAAAAAACUAAAGAAAGGCAAACUUAUUACAGAAACAUUGGUAUCGACAGAAGAAAUCAGAUAAGACGGAAAAAUAACAGACUUUUCAAGAUCAGCAAGAUGUCCAUUGAAAAACAGGAAGAGGGUUUUAUCUUACUUAGUGCUAAAAAAGCUCUUGUUAAAUUAGCUGGAAAGACAUUGAAAGAGCUGUCUGGUGAUCCAAAUUACCGAGAGGCGUGGGAUGAUAUUUUAGCGGGUGCUUCAAUUGAUUCAAGGAGAAGGAAAAGAAGUACAAAACGCGCAACAACCAAUGAAUGUCAAAAACUAAGUACUGUAAAUGAAUAUAGAACUAUAGAUGGCACGUGUAACAAUCUGGAUAAACCUUAUUGGGGUAAAGCAUUCACUUCACAACCUAGAUUUAUAGAUGAAGUGUACAGUGAUGGUGUUAAUACACCCCGGAUAAGUGUGGAUGGAGCCUCAACCCUUACAAGUCCGAGAACAAUCAGCAAUAGUGUGUUCAAAAUAACCAAUGGGAAGAAAGUAUCAAGAGCAGAGGGAUUUAACAGUUUGAUGAGUCUAAAUUGGGGACAGUUUCUGGACCAUGAUAUUGUCCUCACACCUACAUUUGCCGAGAAGCAUGGAGAGGAUAUUCGGUGUUGUGAAGACAAUUCUAUACCAAUUUCAAGGGAUGAGUGUUUGGCUAUAGAAAUGUCACCAGAUGAAGAUCUAGAUAUCAGUUGUAUGGAGUUUGUUAGAUCAGCUCCAUCACCAGACAUUCAAUUAAAUGCGGGAAACCAAGUAACGAAUGCCAUAACAUCCUUCAUUGAUGGGAGUAUGGUCUAUGGAAGCUCAGAAGAUGAAGAAAGACAACUUAGAGGUUCAGGUGGAAAAAUGAAGGUAAAAUCUGUGUCAGGUGGAGAUCUGUUACCAGAGGACACGUCUGGGGAAGCUUUCUGUACCCUUACCGGAAGUGAUCCCGUAGAUGACUAUUGUCAAAAUGCUGGUGAUAUAAGAGUGAACGUUCAGCCUGGAUUGGGACAUCUUCAUUUGCUUUUUGUUAGAGAACAUAACCGCAUCGUUGAUGAGCUGAAAAAUGUCCAACCCUCUUGGACAGAGGAUCAGCUAUACAACGAGGCCAGAAAGAUUGUUGGUGCUAUAAUACAACAUAUAACCUAUAAUGAAUAUUUUGCAAAUCUGUUUGGUGACGAAAUUAUCGAUAAGUAUGGUCUACGUCUAUUAUCUGAAGGAUACUCAGAAGACUACAACAAGGAUAUACAUCCUGGAACAAGAGUUGGGGUGGCAACAGCGGCGCUACGCUUUGGUCAUACACAGAUUCCACAUGAAAUGGCAUACUUGUCAAAUGACUACAAUACCACGUCAUCUGAUACAGAGAUGCAGUCUACCCUCAAAAAUCCACACUUAUUGGUAAACAAAGCAGGAUCUAAGAUAUUAGAUUUGGUUAGAUAUAUGACAACCACUCCGACAAGAGCUGCAGACAGAGAAUUCGAGGGUGCAAUUAGAAAUCAUUUAUUUAAUGGGCUGUUAGAUUUGACAAGUUUAAACAUACAACGAGGACGUGAUCAUGGAUUACCAUCCUAUACAGCAUGGCGGGAGUAUUGUGAUCUUUCUGUUCCUGUGUCGGAUGGAGAUUGGGGCUCACUGACAGAUUUACUGAACAAAGGGAAAUUGCGUCAGCUAUACAAGAGUGUUCAUGAUAUCGACCUCUAUGUUGGAGGCAUAUUAGAAAGACGAAUGAAAACUGGAAGAGGAGACCAAUCUUACCUUGGUCCAACUUUUGCCUGUAUUUUGGGGAAACAGUUUCAGAAUCUGAAGCUUGGCGAUAGAUUUUGGUACGAGCGACCGUAUCCAGAGGGAUUUAGGGAAGAUCAACUUCAAGAGAUAAGAAAAGUAACGUUGGCGACUGUCCUUUGUGCAAACACAGACGGACUGACAGAACUACAAACACUCGCGCUUAAAAGACCAGGCAGAAGGAGAAACUGUAAUGACGAAAGAUUUAUUCCUAAGAUUGAUUUUAAUAAAUGGAUAUAAAUUAAGGUGAGACUAAAGAUUAAAACUGAACAACGACAGGUCUGCCAAACACAAAUUCUGAAAUAAGAUGUUUCUGUGAUCCUUGUAGUUUCUUCUUUAGGAAAAAAAUCCAAAUAUCUUUUUUGAUGAUGCAUGCUUAAUUUAUUCCAGCAUUAAUAAAUUUUCCGCAUUUUU